AUGCGAAUACGAAAACUUUUGAUUACAUUAUGGUUAGUACCUGUUGUUUUUCUGAUUUUUGGUGUUUUCAAUUUUAUAUCGGAAUCUGGUCAGUCAUCACGGAAGUUGGACAGUAAGCAGAGCAGUUACAGUCGUUUACAAAAAAUUUCAAAAACCGAAAUUGUAGACCUACAAAGGCUGGAAACGGUGAUUGAAGACUUUGAUACUGCAAAAUGUCCUCGAUGGUUUACUAUGGCAAUAAAGUUGAAAAAAUGUUUGGCAAUUAAGAUUGCUGAGAAACAGGAUUUAUGGAAUUCAAUUCCCAAUAUUGCUGAAAUAUGUGGUGUGGAAUAUCUUAAAAGCCUUCUUUAUGCCAAGUACCUCAUCAACAAUGAUGACGUAAAGGCUAUAAUACCGAUAUAUUCAGAUAAAGUUGCUACAUCAUUAACCGUCGGUAUUGGAAAUGAUUUGGGGGCUGAACAACGACUUAAAACUGCAUUCCCAAAUACAAAAUUUUUUGGUGCUGAUCCUCUUUAUGAGGACGGCCAUGUUUUUGAAAAAAUUGGAAAAUAUCUUCAAUUAGGCAUUUCAAGAAAUGGCGGCUUAUUUAACGCAUCGAUGCUUAUUGAUGGCAAAUAUAUAUGGAAAGAAAUUACAACGGUAACAAUGCUGAAAUUGAUACAGCUGUUUGGGCUUCAAAAUAUUGACUACCUGUUCUUAGAUGUUGAAGGUGCCGAAUAUGACUUGUUACCAGACAUUAUACAGAAGAUUGAUUUGGAACACAUCCCGAUAUGCCAGGUUACAGCAUUUUAUUUCUACAGUAACCGGAUAAAUGUUGAAGUGCACGGACCAUUCGAGAAAUACGGUGUAACAGUGGCACAUUUUGAAAAAAUUCUUCGAGUUUUAAUGUCCAAAAAAUCUGUAUAUAUACCGUUGUGGAUACCGAAACCAACAUUUCAUCAACGAUUUUUACUUGUUGACUGGCAAAAUCCAUACUGUAUUGAACAUUUUUUCUCAUAUUGGUGUUAAAU